GGUCUGCGUUUGAGCAUUUCAACUCGAUAUCCUGCAAAAUCGUCGCAUUUGGUUCUGAGAAUACGAAUACCAAAUUGAAAGAAAAUGAGUGGAGAUGGGGAUCAGAAUGGACAGGACAAAGGGCUUUUCGGUAAUCUUGCUGGAUAUGCUGCUGGAGGUGGGCACUACCCUCCACAGCAUGGUGGGGGUUAUCCUCCUCAAGGAGGAUACCCUCCACAGCAUGGUGGGGGUUAUCCUCCUCAAGGAGGAUACCCUCCACAAGGAGGAUACCCACCGGCUGGUUACCCCUCAUCUGGUGGAUACCCUCCCGCAGGAUACCCCCCCUCUGGUGGUGGAUACCCUCCCGCAGGAUAUCCUCCCUCUGGCGGUGGCUACCCUCCGCAAGGCUAUCCACCUGCUGGCUAUCCCGGUCAAUCAACUUCACACCAUUCAGGAGGACAUGGACCUGGUAUGGGAACCGUGCUAGCUGGGGGUGCAGCUGCUGCGGCUGCCGCAUAUGGAGUUCACCAUCUUACUUCUCAUGGUCAUGGCAGCCACAUGUCUCAUGGAGCCCAUAACAUGAUGGGCCCAAUGGGACACUAUGGUGGUGGCAAGUUUAAGCAUGGUAAGCACGGUGGCGGUAAAUACAAGCAUGGAAAGCACGGGAAGCAUGGGAAGUUUGGUAAGCACAAGGGCAAGCACUCUGGCUACAAGAAAUGGAAGUGAUUUUCAUUCGAGUGAUUGAACUUUGUUCGUAUGAUCCUACCCUGGUUUGCUCUUUUCAGGCAUACGAUAUACAGGAUUCAACAUGUUAUGAAAUGAUUGUAAGUUUGAAAGCGUUUGUAAUAAAAACUUAGAAGUCAUGAUU